GUCGUACACUGGGGCGCCACCCCCAGUCUCGGGUCAUUGAAAUCGCUGUAAAAACAUGGUGAAUAAACAAACGAAAAUACAUCAUUUGAUACCGUUUCACCGGUGACGUGAAUUUACGAGGUAAAUUAUUCUCAGGGGACGAAUAAAUCUCUCGGCUCGGUGAAAAAUGGAAUUAUCAUCGUCGUAACGUGGAAAUGUGAAAGUUUUAUGCACACCUACGCGUGAUAAAAAUUACUUCAAAUUUAAUCAGCGGUGAACCGUUCGACGUGCUUUAAAAAUUUCUUCGACUACGAGAGAUAAUUAAAAGACUGUUAAAAAUCGAGACGCGGUCACACAUGUUUUCAAAUUUGAAUAAUCGGUAUUUCCUGUAGUCAACUGUGUCCGAACCGCAUAACGAUGACGCUGCACCUCACGGAGAAGGAUAUAGACGACAUACCGAGUCAGUGGCUGGAAACUAUUGUCCACUAUAUAACCGGCUUUCGAAAUGACACGGUUGACUUUUCUCGGCCACACUUGCGACCCUCGGUCGUCAAUAUCUACCCCCUUUUUGUGCUCAUGUACGUCGCGCUGAUAAUCACAGGAACGUUGACGAACUUCGGUAUGAUGUAUCACAUCGUAAAGUGCCGUCAUUACAGAGACCCGACUUACGCGUUUCUCAUAAACAUUGCCAUCGCGGACCUGAUUAAGUGCAUUUUCGUACUACCGAUAUCGCUGACAGUGAUGCUCGUUCAGAACUGGGUCUUUGGAAAGUUUCUCUGCUUCUUUUUGCCGAUGCUUCAGGAUAUACCUCUUCACGUCUCGAUGAUCACUUACCUCCUGAUUGCAUGGGAUCGUUUCCGGAUGUUGAGCGACCCGGUAAAACCAAGAAUUCCAGCAUUCGUGUGCGCCUUGGGGACGUGGUUUUUUGCCGUUUGCAUUGUCCUGCCUUAUCCGAUCUACACAACUUAUCUGGAUCUAGGGAGAUACAUGAAGGAGCAAUUUGAAGGCGUUGGGAUUUGCGCCGCCAAUCUGGCUGACGACAUGCAAGAGUAUAUGCGAGGACUCUUCAUUGGGACAUACGUCGCACCGCUAACCAUCACCACCUACCUCUACGUAAAGGCUAGCAGAGAACUCCAGACGCAGGAAGGUCCCUUGGCAGUGGCCAUGUACGAGGCGAGAGCCAGGGAUUCGUAUUCAAGGCACGGCAGUCGAGCCAGCACCGACAUCACAACCGGACGCGAUGGCAAACGAGAGAGUGGAAGCGUUGGCACCGGAGGUGCUACCGUCGGAUUCUCUGGACUCUCCGGAGGAUACGACCUCUACGACGCGGAGCUGGACGUGCGAAAGGAAAAGCGAACCCAAAAGUACCUGAUCUUCAUGGUCGCCGUCUUUGCCAUCUGUCUUUGCCCUCUCAUGGUGCUGAGGCUUGCCAAGCUCGCACUCGUAGAGACUUACGAAAACAGCGGCCACUUCGAUAUUACUUUCACAAUGUUCGUCUGGGUUGCCUUCGUUCCGAUAGUCACGACCCCCGGAUUCUACGCCUCCUGGCAGUUGAGCAGACCGGCAAAAGAACGGCUCCGAGGGUACUUCCGGUUUUCGAAUCGUCGUUUGCCCAGAUCCUGCGAAGACGGUGUCCGAAUGGGUUCCAGGCAAAUACCGCGCCACCCAGCCGGACUGAUGAACGUUGCCUACACUCACCAUGCCGGAACGGAAAGCGUUAGCGGAAGUAACGGAGGCGGCGGAAGCUCGCGCGGAAGCGCGAACUUAUACAGCCCCGAUUUAGUAUCCAGCAGCACACACAGAGCAAGUUUGAUGCAGUGAAUAAAGCUCCGCUGUUUGCAUUUUUCUUCUAUUCUAUCCACGGGGCCGUAACGAUUGGAGCGAAGCAUUUGCAUGCUGGGAUUUUAUUUAUUAUCUGAUCGCCAAUCAAAUGCAAGAGCUUCGCAAUUUUCGAGGCUCUCCAGUCACUGGAAAAUCGUUUCCCAGGAAAACGGAAUCGAUUUACGGUUGUAAUAACAUCGAAUGUAUUAAUUCUGUAGAGGUAUAUGAUACGAAUGAUAUCAGUGUCUGAUUGGCAAAUAGCGUGAAUGUGACUAAUAUGAAUGUUUGCAGUUGACAAUAUGAGCACCGGAUUUAAUUUCCCCGUUUUGUGAUUCAUUCAAUCAGAUUGUAUUUGUUCAGGUAUUUAAUCAGCGAUUGACAAAGUUUACAUUUGUGAUACUGGUAUGAGUUGCAAAAAGAAGAAACUGGAAACGACCACAAACUAAAACAUAAGAUAUCUAAACUGGCAGAAAUCAUCGAAACAAACUUAAGUCUAACUAUCAGAAACUGGACAACUGUCGAUACAACUAUAGUUCAGUUUUAUCAACGACCUUUCGACAAUUUGCCGCAUUGCGUGAAUACACCAUUUCAAUGCCAAAAUCCUUUUAAUAUCAGUGAUUGUUUACUACGGAAAAAUGACGGGCUUACAUCAAUGAAAUUUCAACAUAAAUUUUCUUCCUCUGAUAAACUGUGAAAUUUCGUACUGUGAAAUCAGUGAACUGAAUAUUACGAUUAGUAGCUAAUUCUGAAGUCUUCGUGUUAUAAAGAAGUACGAUUCUAUUUCUGGCGUUGAUAAUUAAGGAGGGCAAUAUUUUAUUGGAAAAACACUCAAAUUGAGUGACAAUUUUCUCAUCUUCGAAAUAUUGACAUAGCUGUCCGACUAAAAAUCUACCUACUUCACAUUCAGUUACAUAUUUGGAGGAUCAACUUAUCUUUUUCACUGACCACGCACAAACUUAUCGAUUUCAGGUAUCAUGGAGAAAAUCACAACUGCUGCAUAUCCGAUUCGACACUGUAUAUACUUUAGUAAAACACUCGAGUAUACAAAAUGUUUUUAAGCAAACGACGCGGAAUGUUGGGUUGCCCACCGCUGAGGGGAACAUAUAUCGGUAAUAUAGACCUACCGAGUUAUCGGUAGGUAACGCGUUUACAGUCCUCGCAAAUGAGCUGGAACUGGCCGUGUUGCCAAGCUGUAUGGAUCUGGCCGAGCAGUUGUUUGGUUGUUUAUAUUCCAUGCCGAAGUGUUGAGCGAUCGCGUUCCAAAGUCACGUUAAAGUGAAUAUAUGACUUGACUAGACUUGAGUAAUAAUAAGAGUAGAACUGUUUUACCGAUAUUUGUUCCCCUAGGUGGUAGGCAACCCAAACAUACUGCGGCGUGUACUUGAAAACACGCUGUAAGUGUACAAUAUUCGAAAACGAUCCGUUAUGCAUGGGAAACUGCCCGAUUCAUUUUACUUCUGUCGUAGAAAUGUCCACUCGAUUUCUCUUAGAACGAGUCCACCAGACACGUCUGCAAGGUAUGUGAGAUUUGGAUAUCCAUUACAUUUAUGACGUAGAUAUUUAUAGGUAGGUAUUUCAUCGGAGUUCGUUCGAUCAUGUCCAUGAUAUUGAUGAUACCUGGAACGGAUAUCCACUGAAGGUGGAAGGUCGUUGUUCGCCUCUCGUAUAUAUAAGGAUGUGAUAAAGAAAGUGCGAUAAAAAGAAAGGUGGUAGAAAAAAAACUCCACCUAUAUGAGAGCACCCUUAACGGUGUCAUAAAAGUAAUGCUUUCACAUUUGUCAAAG